AUGAACCUUGUUUGCCGUAGCAGACGCUCUCGGAACGGUCGGGCGGUAUGGCAAACUCAGAGGAACGAUGAUCCAGCAGAGAGACGAGCCGAGCGGCAGACGACAGAACACGCGAUUUCGAGUGUAGGGAUCUUGUUGGCGUACCUGAGAACACCUGUUGUGCAGCUCAGUCGUUUCCGAGUGCUGUUAUCUGUGGAUACUCACCCUACAUCAUGGCCAAAAACCUACGAUCCAAAGAGUGGUGCCUCUAAACAUGACUCAACACUGCCUGAAUUGGAUCCCACUCCAAGUAACAGGGGAGCCAGAUCAAGGGCAACACGCAGGACCCAAGUUGAAAAUCCCGUUGAAAAUCCAGUCGAGCCCCCACCUACAUCUGAAGCGACUGCUAAACCUCAGAAGAGUGGUGCCUCUACAAAGGACUCAACACUGCCUGAAUUGGAUCCUACAACAAGUAAGAGAGGAGCUAGAUCAAGGGCAGCACGCAAGACUCAAGUUAUAGAGCCCGUUGAAAAUCCAGUCGAGCCCCCACCCACAUCUGUAGCCACUGCUAAACCUCAGAUUAGUACAGGAAAAGAAGGUGCAGUAAGGGAGAGUUCAAGUAAAAGCAAAACUAAAUCAACAAAGGCAAAGUCUGUCAAAUCAAAACAAGUGACAGUGAAACGAGCAACACCAAAGCAAGUAAAACCAAAAAAGAAUAGAAAGGGAAGUUCUAAGAAAAAAGCUGCUCAAUCAACAACAAGUGAACAUGCACUAGAUGAUGAAAUUUAUUUGGAAGCUAAUGCAACUGUGGAGAUGAACCUUGAUGAAGAUACCCAGUUGCCAGCGAGUGGAGUGAGUGUGGAAGCUUCACAUGUCUCUGCUGGACAGUGGAUUGUCACACCAUCACCACCCUCAGAACCACUCAUCUGUGAAGUGUGUCAGAAACCUCUCAAGACCAAGCAUGGGCUCCGCAGACAUGUUAUGAGUCACAAAAUUGCUGAUGCCAACUCACGUAGACCUUCAUCUGUUGUUCUGCAGCCAUUGGUGGAAGACAUGGUUGUGACAACACUUGAAGAAAUGCAAUUGGAAUUUGGUAAAGAGAAGAGAGAAUAUAUAGAAGCCAUUCUGAACUCAAGAGAGUCUGAAAACUGGAAAACUUUUUUAUCUGAAAUAUCUGAUCCAUUCCUAGAAAAAUUUUCCAUGCCAACAAAAAUUUUUCCAUCUAAUCAGUAUGGAGAUGAGUUAAAAGAACUGAAUCGUCUUUUAAACAACAGGGAGGCUUAUGCCCAACUGUUGAGUUCUUUUGACUGGCUCAAUAUAACUGUUAGUGUUCCACAGCAUGUUCCGGGCAUGGUCCUUUUUCGACUGUGUUCGAAGUUAGUCGAUAAGCUUGCUCAGUUUGUCUUUAGAGAAAUGAAGGAAAAGAAGCCAACAUGUAAUGAAGCUAGUGUUGAAAAAAUGAGUGAUAUUGAAAGGGAGGCUUUUGUGAUACAUGUGAGAAAAUUGCUUCAGGAGUACUAUAAGAGAGGUCUCAAAGGUGGCUCUAAGGUUUGGCUCUCAAGAUGUGCAUGCAUUAGGCAGAAAUUUAUUGAAAGUGGUGACUCAAGUGAAGUUCCUACAGUAGAUAUGGUUUUGGAUAAUCAAUCAUGGGAACAAGAUAAAAGUGGAAAUGUCAAGCUCAAACUAAGUGAUAGUUGUGUUGAUUUUUUUACUAAAGUAGAAGAGAUUAUUGAAUCAUUGUUUAAAGGGAAUGAAUCCGUUAAUUGUGAUAAAGUUGUUGAUGUUGUAUUGAAAUCUAUUGAAUUGCUUGAUGCAUGGUUUUCUUUGACCAUGCUUUUUUUUUCUGAAGUUGAGUCACUGGUUUUUAUGAAAGAUGUAAUUUCAAUUGUAGUUAAUCUUUCUAUGAAGCUGGAAGUUAAUCGACUGCGAGAAGAAAACAGAGGCAGAGUAAAUAAGUAUGCUCUUAGGACUGAUCUCAAAAGAAAUUAGCAGUUUGUCCUGUGGCUACAUAAUAAGUUGACAAGUAAGAUAUGUUACUAAUGAUUGUAAUUCAAUGCUUUUAAAAUUGUUUCUACAUGUUGAAAGAAACCUAAAUAAAAAAUACA